AUGUCGUCGAACCCCCGCUGGUGGCCCUAUCGUCUACCGAUCGAAGAAGCGCUUAAGAAAUCGCUCGUGCUCGUUCUCGGAGUUGUCGUCGGCGCGAAUGUCAUUGAAUAUCUUUGGAAUCCUAUGCAGGACUACGAGGCAGAUCUCGAUAAGGGCAAAUUGGCACUUUUGCAGAAAUACAAGAAGAUUCAUGAUGAGCGAGAGAUCGCGAAUGACGCCUACGGCAGUGAUUCGGACUUACCAAACGAUAAUAACGCUUUUCGACCAAUCUUUAAAAAAUACAAAAAACGGGUUCCACCUCCAGAUUUUUCGCAAGUUAUUGAUAGCCGAGAUCCGAAUAAUUUCAAGCAAUAUGGACUCGAGUCUCGGAUGGUGUUUGAUUCGAUUUGCGAGAAUGACAUUACAAUCGCCGAAAAAUUGGGUCUUCGUCAUCCUAGUGAAUGGCGGGUCUGCACAUUUCCAGACAGACCUGGUCUCUAUCUUCUUCCCCAACUUUUACUAAAAACAGCGGCUCCGAUUUGGAUUGAACGCGUUUUUCGGUAUGCGGAGCCUCCAAAUGUCACCAAUAUGACAGCACACGGCACUAGUCCAGAAUCAAACGUUUUGGAAAAUGCAGGAAAAUCGCUACGUUGGACGACAUUGGGUGUUGAAUAUGAUUGGGCGACGAAAGAAUAUCCGGCAGAAGGUAGACCGAUUCCAGAGGAAUUACGAUUGUUCGGUCAGAUUAUUAGCAGAUCUUUGAAUUUGGGAGAAAUGCAGCCUGAUGCCACGAUUGUCAACUACUAUCCACCAAAAGCAUAUCUCUCGCCUCAUGUUGAUCGCUCGGAACGUUCGGAUGCACCGCUGAUUUCGCUAUCGUUGGGACAAACAGCAGUGUACUUGUCUGGUGGAAAUUCGCUCACCGAACCUCCGAUUCCCUUGUGGCUUCGGAACGGCGACCUUCUCGUCUUACAUGGUGCUCAGCGUCUUGUUUACCACGCAAUCCCGUGCAUCGGCGUCAAAUCGCAAGCAACAGUUUUCGAUGAUGUUGCCGAUGGAUUAGUUCGAGAUUAUUUGAAUACCAGUCGAGUCAAUAUCACGAUUCGUCAGGUUAAUCCUCAUUGA